UGUUUGCUGAAGUUAAUGGGUAUCCAGCGACUUAGGACUACUGCAUAUCAUCCACAAGCGAAUGGCCUAGUGGAACGUUGGCAUAGAAGUCUUAAGUAUGCUCUAACAGCCCAUAUGGAUUCAAACCAUUGGGUAGACCGACUUCCGACUGUCCUCUUAGGUCUACGGGUCACCCUUAGAACCGACGCACAGGCCAGCAUAGCUGAAUUUGUUUAUGGACAGACACUCCGUAUACCAGAAGAACAGCUUAGCCGUUUGUGGAUUCUGAAGCUGAAGUCGUCCGAGGAUGGUCACCUGCGGGUUCAGUUGAUGCGAGAACUCGCGAGGCAGAUCAGGGGUAAAAAGCUGUCGUCACCUUUCAACAAAUAUCCUCCGGAAGGGAAAUCCCUCAAGCAUGUAACGUACAAGGAUUUCGGCGACACCUUGGACUUGUAUGAGGAAGACUCUUCGGCUUUAUCGACGGAAUUGCUUGAUGUUCAAUCGAACCUCGCUGAAAACACAACAGAGGAUGAAGAAUUUGACUAUAACCGUGAUCGAAACCCGAAGCACAAGUCGAUUUUUACUUCUUUUCAAAAUAAAGAACCCAUCAAUGCCAAAACGGUGUCAUUUCUUAAAUCUCAAAACGACGCGCUUCUGCACGAGGUAUGCAUCUACCAGAAGGCGAGCAAGCGGAACGAAAAGAAAAUGGAAUGCGUAUCGCGCGAAGUUGAAGACCUCAAGCUGAAAUUGCUCGAUUUGCAAAGGAUCAACAAAACGAUCGAGGAGAGCCAUUCGGAAGUGAUCAACGACUACAAAGCAGCGCUGAUCGAGACGACUGACGAACUCACAUCUCGACUCGAGAUUCUGACGAGGAAAAACGACGAAAUCGGAAAAGCCCUUAUCAACCUGAAAAAGAAAUACAGAGAACCUUCGCCGCUAGGAAAGAAAGCGUACAUGGAACUGGUCGCGGUGACGAGGAAGUUAAGCGCCGAACUUAAGAUGGAAAGGGCUAAGCGCAAAGCGGAAGUCAACGAUCUGCAGGCCAUCCUGGCCGAUAAGGACCAUCAGAUUGAGAGGUUAAAGAGACGUUUGGCCAGUUUGGACGAGGGGCAAGGGCAGAAACGCGACCAAUCUCCUACCAGCCACUGCCGCAUGCUGAUGGAAAGAGUAUGCGAAUUGCAGACGCACAUAGACAAGAUGUCGAAGGCGAGCGUGAUCGUCCAGCAAAAAAUGAAACAAGACGAAAGAAAACGCACAGAAGGAACUUCAACGAGAGCAAGAAGCCCCAAAUUGGAGAGGACGACCGAGCCUCCUGCGAAGGACACAGAUAAGAAAUAUAAGCAAAUAAUCCACGACAUUCACGAUGUACAAGUUGAAGACCAAAAACGGAAAACCCGAGGAGCGGAAGAGAAAAUCUGCCCCUGCCGCAACAUGCGCAAAUAAAUCCGUUUUUAUCAUCC